AUGACCGGAAUACAGAGAUCCACAAGAGAAGGCGUGGGGGUGGGUGCAGAUGGUGCUGGUGUUGUGGUGUUCGAUGAAUCAGCCAUUAGGGCGAAAGGAGUUGACAUCACAGCCAACACUGUUCACCCGGGGUUUAUAAUGUCGCCUUUGAUGCGGCACACAUUCUACAUAAUGAGGUUUCUCAAGUUCUUCUCCAGCUUCCUUUGGAAAAAUGUGCCACAGGACGCUGCUACGACGUGCUACACAGCUUUACAUCCAAGCCUCAAGGACGUCACUGGGCAAUACUUCGUGGAUUCCAACAAAUCCAGCUGUAGCGCUUAUGGCAGAGAUCCCGAGCUCGCUCACAAGCUAUGGACCUUCUCCCAGGAGCUUAUAGACAAGCAUUCUCCGUCCUAA